UUUAUGUCAGUGCGCGCUGAUGCAAACGAGACAGUCGUGGCAGCAUAGGGGACGCGGGAUAUUAGAGAAUGUCACCGCAAACCAAGAUCACACGAUAUUCAACAUAUUGUUAUACCAUUUUAUAUGCACCAGUAGGAUAUAGGCCUAUUUCCAGAGCUUGCUUAAUAGGCACUUACUCGCUUGUAGAGUAAAUAUGCCAACGGACCUAAAUCAUCAAGCUAAUGGAAUAUCUCUCUCCGAUGGAAUGGGAUCAUUUAAAAGAAGAAAAAGAAAGUCCAUAAUGGUGACGGGGAUGCUGCUGGUGGUGUCAGUGCUGAUCCUGAUCUUUGGGCUUGCAGCUACCACCAGGACCCAGAACAUCCGAGUGGGAGGAUACUAUCCUGGAGUUAUACUUGGAUUUGGUUCCUUUCUCGGAAUCAUUGGCUCCCAUUUAAUAGAAAACAAGAGGCAGAUGCUGGUAGCGUCUAUUGUGUUCAUCAGCUUUGGUGUGGUGGCUGCCUUCUGUUGUGCCAUCGUUGAUGGGGUGUUUGCAACCAGACACAUAGAUCUUGGCCCCCUAUAUGCUGGCCGGUGUGAAUACUACUCAAGUACAACAGCAUUUGACAGAGAUGUGCACUGCCAGACUGCCUCCAGGGUCUCCUGUAACUUGCGUGUGAAGAGCAACACCUGCUACUGCUGUGAGCUCUACAACUGUGGCAAAGAGCAUCCUCUUUUUGGACUUCAGAAUAAAGAUGUUUUGAAAAAAGUUAGGAAAUCGUCCAUGAUAUGGAACCAUGUUGAGCUGAGAGGAGGCUAUCAUGAGUACACGGAGGUGCAGAGCUGCCAGGACGUGGUGUACCUCUACCAUCUGCUCUGGUCUGCAACCAUCCUCAACAUCAUCGCUCUCUUCCUCGGCAUCAUCACAGCUGCCGUCCUGGGAGGCUUCAAGGACAUGAUGCCAACUGAUGGCCCAGACACCUGUGAACCGGAGCCUCUGCCAGUGCCAGGACCUCCUGAAGCUCCAGCUCCAUCCACCUCCUACAACUCUUACUACAACAGCACCCCCUGUCUGCCACCGUACACUGCCUAUGACCUUCAGGCUGCCAGUGUAUACCCGGACUCAUCUGGUUUGUCGGAUGACUCUCAGUCUGGUGCCAGUCACAUGUGGCCCAACAUGAUUCCGCCCCGCUACUCCCCACCGCACUACCCUCCAGAUGAGAAACCUCCCCCGUACAGCCCUUGAAAUGUCAGGGGCAAAAGAAAAAGGAGGGGAUCAUUGUCACUGCCCUGGACCAUGUCACUGUAUCAUGGGGAAGAGUGGAUAUGAGGCGGGCCUCAAAUACCCAGUAAGUCGCCAGUGCAGUGGACUCCUGAUACUUUCACCAGAAGAUGUGGAUAUUUGGUGGAGAAAAAAUAUACAAGUCCCAGUUGUGACAUAAUACAACAGUACAAAUGUACCAUUCUUCACCUGUUUGGAGUCAUGGGUUGCUAACGUCUGUCAGUGUGUAGAUGUGUGAGAGACUGCAGUGGAUUAAUCCUCAUAUCAAAAAGAAGAGCAGAAGUUAAGGGAUACAGGAAAAGAUGCAAACUCGUUUACUUGUGCAAUACCUGCCCUUUCUGUCAGCAGGCCUGUACCAGGUUCUCUCCAACAACCUCAUAAGUCAGGACACCAGGACUGUUCUUGGGUCUGUUUGCCGUAACAUCUGUGGACACACAGUGCAGACUCUGGCCUCUACAGCGCUUUCUGAGGAGUCCUAUUGCUGUCUCUAUAGGGCCCUCCCUUUUUUUGUCAGGUCUUGCCUCUCACUCAGUAAUAUGAAUGUUUCCCCCUCAAAGCAAUUCACUUUUCCCAGCUGGUUGCGUUGCCUUUCUCCUAAAUGGCAUGAGGAAGUGGAUCAUCUUCCCUUUUAUUUGCACUGUAUUGUCUUCUAGACUAAACUAUGCUACAAGACUUGAUUUUUUGUUUACUUUUGUGCAGCUAGACCACAAAGAAUCCAGAGACUUCUAAGCUCAUUGUUUUUUUGUUUUUUUUAAGACUGAAAGUAUUGCAGUGCAUAAGCUACACACUAUAUACAUAGGCUUGACAUUAGUGCAAAGUAUAUGAGGUGCACACACGACACAUGUGACAUGUUUUCAUGGCAUACAAUGGGAUGUAAAUAGUACAUGCAUUCAAACAUGCUGUCCCACCUCUACAUGUCAAAUAGGGAUGGAUCAUGACCCUGUGAUAUUCCCAUUCAGGUACAGGAGGCAAGAACACAUGCACUGCCCAUUAUUAGAGAGGUGCUCAGCUAUCGUAAAAACACAUCUCACAUCAUCAACGUGUCAUCCCCUUUGCACUGUACUAUAUCUGAUGGCUUCCUCUAAAAUACCUAAACCAUCUGCAGGACAAGAAAACUUUUCCAGAAAUGCUGUUAUCAUUGUCCGCCAUCAGUUAGACAUUUUGCUGUGGGUGUUAUUAUGGCAUGGUUAUUGCCACAACCAAGCCAUAUCAUGUUACCAUGAACUUGUAAAUGUUGCCAUCUUUCUCUUUUAAGCAUGUCAAACCAAAUUUAUAACUCAAGUACACACAGCACAUUGUGCAUUGUGCCUUUUUUUUCUCUGGUCAUGUCAUUUAUGGAAGAGAUACAGUACACACAAUGUGAUGUCAACUGCCUAUUGUUUCCUCUCAUUUGGUUGCAGUGAUAAUGCACUUGAUCUAUCAAAAUGAUUUUUCAACUUGAAGCAAUUGAUUUGCCUGUCAUUAAAAUGUUUUUGUAUAUCAUCUCAAUAGCUAUAUCAACAUUCAAAACAUUUCAAUAAUUUUGUAUAGUGUGUACCACAGAUUACCGUAGUCAUCUUCUAACUGAUUGAUUACAGAUAUACUUAUAAACUGAUGUUCAUAAAAAAAAAACCAGAUCUUUAAAUUAUCAACAGCUUGAUGGCGCAUAUGACUAACGUAACACGCUAGUUUACAGUAGUUCCCAUACUACCCGAGAAGUUAUGACCAAUAGCACAAUUGAAUCUGUGGAGACACAGCUCAGCAUCUUUCUCAUUGCAUAUUAUUAGAAGAACAUGCAGGAUGCACACUCCACACGUGGAGAGAAUUAGAGCCAGGCAAUCAAAAUAAAACCAAACCCAUCAUACUGUGUGGAGA